CUCCAAAUUGUAGGAGUGGCACAAAUGUCCUAAAGAACAAACAAUGGUGCCUCAAUUUCUUCGUUUCAUUCCCUCUUUCUCUCGUAGCCUUUCUUUUUCCCCUUUGUGCAAACCCCAGAAUGGAAAUGCUUGGAGAAGGAUGUUGAGUGCUUAUGCAUCUUCAGCAGAAGGUGAAUUUGAUGAAAUCCAAGAUGACACCAGAGCAUCAGAGAAAGCAACUGCACUGCGUUCAGCCCUCUCACAGCUUGAAGGCGAUUUUUGCAAAGAAUCAAUGUUGUCGUUGCAGCGAUUCUUUGGUGCUAGAUGUGCUCCUGUAAUACCUACUGGCUCAUUGAGGCUUGAUCUAGCACUUGGGGUUGGAGGACUACCCAAGGGAAGAAUUGUUGAAAUUUAUGGACAAGAAGCAUCUGGGAAGACAACACUUGCCCUUCAUGUAAUUAGAGAGGCUCAAAAGCUUGGAUGUUAUUGUGCAUAUCUGGAUGUCGAAAACGGAAUGAACCCCUCCAUUGCCGAAGCAAUAGGGGUUAAUGUAGAAAAUCUCCUUGUUUCACAGCCAGAUUCUACUGAGAAUUUGCUGAGUAUUGUCAAUACCCUGACAAAAAGUGGAUCCAUGGAUAUAAUCGUGGUCGAUAGUGUGGCAGCUCUUGUUCCCCAACUUGAGCUUGAUGCUACUUUAUGUGACUCUCAUAAAGGCUUGCAACCAAAGAUUAUGACACAAGCACUACGUAAAAUUCAUUAUUCGUUAUGCAACUCUAGCACAAUAAUUAUAUUCAUUAAUCAGGUAAGAAGAUCUGACAAAGGAUUAGUUCGAGGCUCUGGGCGUAUGGACGAAGUAACUUGUGGUGGAAAUGCUUUGCCUUUUUAUGCUGCCGUACGGCUUAGAACGAUUGGAAAACAAUUGCUUACAACUAGGGAUGGGGGAGGUGGUUUUUGGUUCAUAGCUUACUCUCAGAAUUUCAUACACUUUGAUUAA